AUGACAAAGUCUUACUACAAAUAUACGCUUGGAUUCAUUCGUAAUGUUGCAACAAAUAGCGUGUUGCUCCUCAAUCGCCAGAAGAAACCUUGGAUGGGGCGCUGGAAUGGGGUGGGAGGAAAACUAGAUUUAGAAGAAACUCCUUUGCAAUGCAUUCAACGAGAAACUCUAGAAGAAACCGGACUAGAUUUGGAUCAAGAUCAGUUUAUUGAUUGCGGGGUGAUGAGAUGGUUUGUGGACGAUGAAGAUUUCAAUGGAGUUCAUAUUUUUGUUGCUGAUUUGAAUAAUGAGCAAUUUGAAAAAUUUCCUAAAACACCUUUUGUAUACUGUCACGAAGGUAUUUUAGAUUGGAAACAUUGGGAUUGGAUCUUGGAUAAUGACAAUGUUGGAAUUGUUGAUAAUAUUCAAAUAAUUUUCAAACAUAUUUUUAAUGAAGAUCACAACUCGCAAGAUUUAUAUGUAGCUAAGUAUCAUCAACAAAAGUUAACUAGUUGUGUUUAUUACCGAAAAGGUCAAGUUACUAACCCUGAUUUAUAG